AGAGAAAGAGAAAACAACAAAAAUAAAUAAAAAAACAGCUGUUUGCUCGCAGUGUAUUUUAGAUUAGCCUACUUUUGGUCAAUUUCCUUCGUCUUAAAGUGCGUAUUUUGUUUACAAUUAGAUUAUUUAGAGCUAAAAAAUCGGUAAUUUCGUGUACUGUACUAGAUCUAGAACUAUUCUAGUCUCUAUCAUCGAGGGUUACUGAAUCUCUCUGUGUGAUAAACUAGCUGCCUUCCAUCUGGGCUGCCUUCCAUCAUCUGUAGUAGAAAAAAUGUCUAAUGGCGAACCUAUCAUUAGCUCCACUAUACCAAAUACCCACAACACAUCUAAUCAGAAUCUUAAAGUAUUUAAAAGAGACCCUCAACAUAGAAUUUUUGUAAACCGUGGUCUUCACUUGGACAAAAUCAAGUUUUAUGGCUUUGACAUGGACUACACACUUGCAGUGUACAAAUCUCCUGUCUAUGAGUCCAUGGGAUUCGAUCACCUGAAAGCAAGACUUGUUGAUAUUGGUUACCCAACUGAUUUCCUCCGUUUUGAAUUUGACCCAGCUUUUCCUGUCAGGGGUCUUUGGUUUGAUAAAAUUUAUGGAAAUUUACUGAAAGUUGACUCUCAUGGGAACAUCCUUGUUUGCAUACAUGGAUUCCGUUUCCUUAAACCACACGAAGUACAAGAACUGUACCCCAAUAAAUAUAUUCAGUUGGAAGAUAGUCGCCUUUACGUUCUGAACACACUUUUCAAUAUCCCAGAAACUUACAUGCUGGCAUGUAUUAUCAAUUAUUUUGAAACCAACAAAGAAUAUUCAAAAACCAAGACAGGGGUGACAUACAGUAACAUACACAUGUCAUUCAAGUCUAUCUUUCAAGACGCAAGAGCAGCUGUUGAUUGGCUCCACAGUCAUGGAGAUCUUAAAUCAAGUACAAUGGCCAAUUUAGAGAAAUAUGUCCACAAAGAUGAUCGACUUCCUAUUCUUCUUGACAGAAUCAGACAAAUUGGAGCCAAAACAGUGUUGAUAACCAAUAGCGGAUAUGAAUAUACUGAUAAAAUAAUGACUUAUCUGUUGGACUUUCCAGAAAAAUAUGGAAGUCGUCACUGGACUAGCUACUGGGACUGUGUUGUCGUUGAUGCUAUGAAACCUUUAUUCUUUGAAGAUGGAACUAUUCUAAGAGUUGUUGACACGGAAACUGGUGCAUUAAGUAUUGGUCAUCACUUAGGUCCUCUGAAAAGUGGUGAAAUUUAUUCUGGAGGAUCCUGUGAAGUUGUUUCUCGCCUGUUAGGAGCUAAAGGAUCAGAUGUUCUGUAUGUGGGAGAUCAUAUAUUUGGUGACAUACUGAAAUCUAAAAAGAUCAGAGGCUGGAGGACAUUUCUUAUCAUUCCAGAAUUGACUACAGAGUUGCAAGUCUGGACAGAGAAAAAACAACUCUUUGAUAAUUUGACCAGAAUUGAAAGUGCUCUUUCUGAUAUUUACAAGCACUUGGACAGCAGUACCCUGGAGAGACCAGAUACAUCAAUAAUUAGUCAAAAGCUAAGGGCAGUGGUUCAUGAAUUAGAUAUGUCCUAUGGAAUGCUGGGAAGUCUUUUCAGAAGUGGUUCCAGACAGACCUUCUUUGCAUCUCAAGUACGAAGAUAUGCUGACAUCUAUGCAGCAUCUAUUCUCAACCUUCUUCACUACCCAUUUUGUUACAUGUUCAGGGCUCCUGCUAUGUUGAUGCCCCAUGAGGCCACAGUUGAUCAUUAUUCAGUUAAUGAUGUAGAUUCCAUGCCCAUUGUCUUUCGUAGCCGAUCCUCUUCAGAUGCUGGAUGUGAUGCACUCGCCAGCAAGAGGCCCAGAGAAAAAAGCACAGAGCAAGCCGUUUCUUGGCCAGAGCCUCCCCUCAAGGUGGUUCACAUUCAUGAUGAUGGAGAUUCAGAGGAAGACAAUUCAGAAAGCUCUCUCAGUUUACAUAGUGUCAACAGCAGUUGCACUUUUAGCCCUGACACUGAGCAUAUCAACUGAUAGUUAAGCCAUUUUUCUAUUUCUAUUUUGAGACAGUGAUAGCACCAGAUCUUUUAUUUAGAUCUCUCUGUUCAAUAGACUUAAGUUAACUUCAGCUUCCAAGCCACAAAUAAAUUAGUUUUUAAUUUACUGACACUGCUGCUUUUGUACACAUUUCAGUAUUCAGAUUUUUUUUUUUUUGUCUAAUGUAACUAUACUUAUAUAUAUAUAUAUAUAUUAUAUAGGCACAUAUAUUUGCGACAUUUUGUUAUACCAAAUUAAAUUAAGGGUAUUGCAAUAAUUUCUAGACUGCAUAUUUAUACUGUAUACAUGAAACUUGUGUAUAUUAAAAUAUGUAUUCAGUAAAGCAUCUAUAGAACACAGGUCUCUAUAUACACAUAACAAUACCUUACCUAUAAAGAGAAAUAGAAAAUGUAUAUGAAUUAUUCUUCUUGUACAUAUCAGUUGCUGGCUGUAACCUACUUUUUAAAAAGACAUUCUCAGAAAACAUUUCUGAUAACCACAGUUAAUUUAGCUUCAUGAUUAGUUAUGUGUUAAAAAAGAAGCAUAGAUUAUUUUGCUGGACUAGUCUGCCAUCUUUAAAAAAUGAGACACUGACAAUGUCCAACUAUUUCUUCACUCCUCAUUAGUCAAGCAGAUUUGUUAGACCAUUUAUAGAAUUCAUCAACACUCUGAUAGUUUCAAAAAAGACCUAUUAUAGCUAGUAUAGGGAAGACUGGAAAUUGAAAAUGUAACUUCCCAAACAGUAGCCCAUCUUGUAGGAGCUGCUCAGAAUUCAAUUCACUGACUUGAUUUAUACUGAAUCCAAUAUGGCAGCUACUUUACAUAGUAUUUAUUAUCUAAUGACAAUAAUAACACCAAAUUUGUUUUGUCUGGAGGUUAUGUUGUAUACCAUCUGAGUUGUAUUGAUGUUUUACUGCAAAAUUUAUCAACAAAUUUUAAAAAAAUAUAUCAAGUAUUUUAAAAGGUUUUCUUUUAUUCGAAACUUUGUUGUAAAUGCACUCCUUUAAAACUAUUCAGCUUAUACACAAAAAAUAAACAUUUAGAAAAUUUAAAUCUACAUUUUCCACAAUUAUAUUCUUCUCCACAUUUUAAAUAAAAAAUUUCUGAUUGUUUAAGCUUCAAGCCUGACAAGUAAAUUUGUUUAGUCAUUAAUUAUAUAUUUAAUUUUUCACAUAUUAGAGAUUUAUAUGAUUCUACGGCAUUAACAAAAUAAGGCUUUUUUUUUCUUUCUCCAAGGGCAUAUGCAAUAGAACAGUGUUUCCCAAACUUUUUCCUUUGCUUAUUUUUUUAGAGAGGUUAAUUUACAUGUAAUUAAUUAUUCCUUUAGUUCAGUAGUUUGUGGAACACCUAAUCAGGCCUCGCGGAACACUAGGGUUCUGCGGAACACAGUUUGGGAAACACUGCAAUAGAAUUAUCAUUCAAUACUCUUCAUUAUUUAAUUUUAAAUUUCAAAAUAAUUCAGUGUAUAUUGUUAAAUUGUUUAUUUCUUUAUUUUUUUAAUUAAAGGCUGUCAUUUUAUUUUAAAUUGUGCCAUUAUUUUUCUCAACAUUUCCCAGUCUUUUCAAUCACAUUUAAAAGUGGCUUGGUCUUUUUACACAUUCUUGUGUAUUUUUCUUUUAUUUAUAUUGUGAUUUAUUUUUCAGUACAUACUUUGCUUGUAUGUUUGUAAACUUUGCUUGUAUGUUUGUAAACAGAGUACAAACUAUUUCAACACAGUCCAGAUAUAAGUUUUUGUUCUUUUAAGUAUGAGCUUUCUGUUCAUAUAUUGUAUUUUUUUUUUUUUUUUUUUUUAACUUUAAAAAAAAAAAGUUUUAAACAUAAUUUAUUACACUUUGUUGUAUAUUAUUAUAAAUAUUGAUCUGGGCAUUUUUUUCUUAAUUUCUCUGGUGGCACUAUGUUCCAUCCAUCCUUCAUAAGUGUUUGGUAUUUAAAGAUAUAAAACUUCACUUUUUUUAAAACUGGUAACCUAAUCCACUAACUGCUGACUAAAACUCAUUUGAUCAUUGUAUUGCAAUAUAAACAUCCAGUCAAACCUUGAAAAGUUGAACUAAACUUAGGCUGUCAAAUUUAGUGUUUUUAUUGUUUUGAUAUAUCAGAUGUUUGAAAUAAUUUUUUUUUUUUAAUAUUGUAUAUAGGCAGCCUUAAUGUUUUAUCUGUUUGGCAACCAAAAUAAAUCUCUCAAAAUCGUGGUAGAGGUUAAAUAUAAAAUAAAUUGUAAUUAAACUAUCGCAUUAUGUGCAGGCCAGGCUGCAAUGGAAAGUCAGUAUUUUUUAUUUACCUUUGACAGUAGGUUUAUGGUUUAACUUUUUAAAACAAAUGUCUGAAUUAUUCUAAAGCAAUCUCCCACUUAAAGCAUGGUAUCCCCACUCAACCUGGUUAUAUUGUGUACAUAACAUUAUAAAGUCUUAUCAUCACUCUUUAAUUAAAUGCUGGAAAUACAGUUAAGUUGGUCAGACCAAACCAUUUGUCUGGAACUUCAAAGAGUAGGUUUCUGUAUCAAUAAUUUGAAAAAGCAAAUAUUUAAAUUUACCAGAUUUAUAGCCUCUUCACAAUUGUAAUUAGGUGGAGCUUUAGCAACUUCAAAAAAGAUAUUUUAGUUCGUGUUUAAUUAAUCAAGGUUUGACUGUAUAUCUAAUAGAUGAAGGCUUACAAAACUAAUUUGAAGUUUUAACAGUAAUAUGCAUUUUUUAAAAAUUAUUUAACAUCACCACUUGCUUGCAUUUAUAUUAACAUUCAGAUUCAUUAUUUACAGGGUUUAUUGUCACAAAUUGGUUAAGCUGCAUUUUCAGUAUUAGUCAUUUUCUACUUUUUCAUAUCUCACAGUGCAAUCAUUUUAUAUCUUUUACACUUUCUGAUCGCCCCUAUUAAAGUAUAGUAGUUGUGCUUCAAUAAUUCAGACCUAAUCCCAAACUUUGUUUAGCAGUGGGUGAUUUAUUUGUUGUAGUAAUGUAUAUUGCUAUACCAGUUUAGACAAGACAGUAUUGUAGAUAAGUUGUCUUGGACUGUUGCAUUACUAAGUAUAAACAGUUUAAUAUCAGGAGGGAAAUUUUCAAAGAAAAACCUUGUUUGAAGAUACACAUGUUGCUAGUUAUAUGUUUAAAAUAGAUUUAAUCUAAAUCUUAUGUUAAAUAUGCUUAGUUAAUGCCAAUAUGAUGGUUCAUUUUUAUAAAGUCAACUUGUAUAUGCAACUUUCAAUAUAGAUUCACCAUAGUAGCCACAGUUGCCUGUUGUAAGAUAUAUAUCUAUUUGAACUUGGUCAGUAUAAUAAACAGCUUUGUAACCUG